AUGGCGGAUCCAGUUCAGUUCACCAAUACCGCAACCUCGGUUUCUCACAACUACUAUCCACCUACCAUAUAUCUACCCCAAUAUGUGGAGAAUGAAAGCCCUGCAGUUUCGAUAAUUACUCAAUUCGGCUGUCUAUGGGCAGCCGUACUGGGAACAGCCUUGUUCAUCAUAUGUCGCGUGCGACCGACUGCCAGUCCGUCAGACAAGCUUGCUUUCGUUUGGAUGUGCCUGACGGGAUUUAUUCACUUAUUUUUCGAGGCAUACUUUGUUGUAAAUCAUAAAACACUUGCAAGCUCCCAAGAACUAUUCGGCCAGCUAUGGAAGGAAUAUUCUCUUUCCGAUUCUCGUUAUAUGACAUCCGAUGCGUUCCUAGUUUCUAUGGAGUUUAUUACUGCAUUCGGUUGGGGCCCUCUUGCCUUCUGUAUUGCAUAUUGUAUUGCAGUACAGCAUCCGGCACGUUAUGCUCUGCAGCUUGUGGUUUCCGUGGGUCAGGUAUAUGGCGAUGUCCUUUACUAUGCAACGAGUUUGCUUGAAGUCUCGUACUGUCGACCAGAAAGAUAUUACUUUUGGUUCUAUUACUUCUUCUUCAAUUUCAUCUGGAUGCUUGUUGGUUGCUAUUAUGCGAACCAAAGCAUUAUGAAAAUAACGAAGGCUUUCGCGAACCUUGAAGGCUGCUCACUCGAGAAGAAACAGACAAACUUCAAAACGGACGCUCCCCUUAAGUAA